UAUCAAUUAAAUGUUUGUGUGUUGUGCCCAGGAUGUAAGCCAUUCUAAUGAGCGCCAACACAAACCCAGAGGGGUGUGCUCGAAGCGCACUCCUCUUCCUGCUGUGGCCCCUUGUCGCCAUAUUCUUCUCGCUGCCGUCGCAGCCUCUUGUGGCCCAGGCCCAGGUCACAAUGUGUCCCAAGAAAUGCAGUUGCAAGAACAGCCCGGAAAACAUACACAACCUGCGCGUGCGAUGCGAGGAUCAGCAAAUUGUCAGUUGGAGAGAUCUAGAUUUUGGCGAAGAAAUGCACAACAUAGUCAGCAUCAAUAGCAGUAAAAACCUGAUUUCCCACAUCACCGAAGAUGACUUCAGGAACUUUACAGAACUUAGGCGUCUGGACUUAUCCUCGAACCUCCUUACCGAACUGGACAAGGACACCUUUGGCGACAGCCUGCCGUUAGUGGAGAAACUCAAAUUGGCCAAUAAUUCGAUCAGUCACAUCUACGAGGGAGCCUUCGAGCAGAUGCCCAAGCUUAAACAGCUAGAUAUAUCCAGCAACCCGUUGGCCUGCGACUGUGGCUUGAUUUGGCUAAUUGCUUGGUCGAAUGCCCGGGACGUCCGUCUCAUCCCCGCUCCCAAGUGCGAGUCCCCCAUCAACUUCCGAGGCAUGCCGCUGAAGAAACUGAAGGUGGGGAUCGACUUCCACUGCGAAACGUUGCCGCAGUCGCUACUGGAACUGGUACCGAGUCAAAACCAGGUGGCUUUCGAGGGCGACGAGCUGCAGCUGAAGUGUUUUGCGCCCCGGGUGGCCAUUGGAGCGCCGCGCGAGUCCGAGGAUCUGCCCACGCGAGCGUAUGUCUUCUGGGGCUGGUCGGACAGAAUUCGGGUGAACAACUCCACCGAAGACAUCGUCUAUCGUGACCCAACCAAGGUGUUCCACAAUGUUAACCUAGACACACGCCACUCCACCGACUCGGGCAUCCUCAAGUCUAUCCUCCGCAUCGCCAGCCUCACCCAGAACCACACGGGUAUGUGGGACUGUACCCUGCGCUCCCAGCAGGCCAAUCUCUCUCAGUCCAUCGUCCUCCAUGUGGUGGCCAAAGGCACACUCUACUGCGAGGCCAAGGUGGUGCACACCAACAAGGGGACCUAUCACUGGCCCCGCACCAUGCGGGGCGAGACCGUGCUGCAAGAGUGCGUGGAGGAGCCCACCGAUGUGUCGCAGCACCGACGCGCAUCCUACGAGUGCAGCCCCGAGGGCGAGUGGCUCAACCUAAACACGGACAGUUGCGUCUACGUAAGCGAGACCACGCGCAUCCUGGAGCAGUUUGCCAAGGUAAACCUGACGCUAACUAAGGGACAGAACGCAGUGGAAAUCGCCCGCCGCCUGCACAACUUCACCCAAAUGCAGACGCAGCUCAACAAGAUCCGGGACUCCAUGGACCUGGAGUACAUAGCGCGCACGUUGGUCAAGUACUUGGAUCAGGUGGAGGUGUCCCAACAACAGGAGAUUAGCCAUCUGCUCCUCGACAUUGUCUCGCAGCUGCUAAAUCUUCCCUUUCGCCUGUUCCGCGAGGCACAGGCGGAGCAGGGCACGGGCUUGCGGCUGCUUUACGUCGUGGAGUCCUCGGCCAUGCGCCUGGCCCUGUCCCAGGGCAGCGCGCAACCCAGAGACCUGCUGCCGGAGGCACUGCCUUCAUGGAGGGGCGUGCAGCAGCGCAACAUUUUCGUGGAGUUCUUCAACAUCAGCCUCGACUCGUUCUUCAGCCUCUCUUGUGUGUGGCUGGAGGAGAGUCCGCGCGGCUUCCAGUGCAACAGCUCCAACGACACGAUACCCAUGUAUGAGCACGGCGACAUCGACGCCGCCAUCCAGCUGCCUUACAACGUGAUCGGGAACAGCUCCUUCUCCGCCAGCUCCACUGCCAGCUCCAAGAGCCUGCGAAUCAUGAUCUCGCUACACAGGAACGCCAAGCUGCUGCCCAACCUGGGCGGCGCUUUUAACGAGACCCUUUCCUCGGCUGUCAUCGGAGCCCUGGCGUACAGCAACGAAGGACAGUCCCUCGAACUUCAAACGCCCAUGCCCGAGCUUGAUCUCGAUCACGAUCUCGGUCUGAAUGAUAACGGGAAGGAGGAUGUGUACCAGCAGAGGGUCACGAUCAUGCUGCGCGCCCAUCCAUACCACCACGAGCUGAGCGCGCCUCAGCCGGCGUGGUGGGACGCCACCGAGCAAAAGUGGAAUCCGCAGGUGUGCCAGCAACACUACCAGCACCUCACCCUGGUCAUGUUCAGCUGCAGCCGCACUGGGUACUUCGGGCUGCUUCAGCGCAGCGCGCAUCUUAAUGACUACCGCAGUGAAGAGGCGGGUGCCCGCUUCCACCACCCGCCGAUGGCCAUAUAUGCGGGAUGCGCCCUGCUCUUUGCAUGCUGCGCCGUCAACAUCGUCACGUUCGUCGUAUUCGGGUUCUCCAUACGCAUGAACCGUGUGCAGCGGCACGCCCUGGUCAACACUUGGCUGGCUGUGGCCGUGCUCGCCCUCACCUUCGUGCUGGGCAUUUUCCAGACCGCCAGCCAGACGCAGUGCCGCCUCUUCGGCCUGCUGAUGCACUACCUCAGCCUCUGCGUGCUGCUGUGGGUGUGCGUGAGCCUCAGUAGCAUGUACAAGCGUCUGACCAAGUCCACCUCCGCCAGUCAGGGCCGGAUGAGCCAGGAGACGGAGCUGCAGCGCGACCGCGACAGAGAGCAGCAAAGGAAGCCCAUUUUGGGCAUCUACCUCGUGGGGUGGGGCAUCGCCCUGCUCAUCUGUGGCAUCAGCAGUGCCGUCAAUAUAGCCGAGUACGCCGCCUACAACUACUGCUUCCUCCAUAGCGCCACCACCCUAAAUGCCGUGGUCGUGCCGGCCGGAAUCCUAGUGAUCUUUAGCGCCAUCCUGUCCCUGUGCAUCUACUACCAGCUGAACCAGCAGGAGGUCAACGUGCUCCAGCUGCAGCAGCAGCAGAAACACCAUCGCCAGUACUCGGACAACAACACCCAGGCCACGGAACACAUUGAUCUGGACUGGCUGGAUGCCAAUGGUAGUGCCACCGGCGCCGCCACUGCCACCGCCGCCUCAGCCGCAGCCGCCCGCAAGGAGGCCAGCAGUCUGCAGCUGCAAGAUCACCUGCAAGAGCAGUACAGCACGUUGAGCAACCCGCUGAGCAGCAUCGUCGACGACUUCGAGCGCUCCAACAUGUCGCACCUGCGGGGGCACUUCAUAUUCCUGGUCCUCUUCGCCGGCGUCUGGCUUUCGGCCGCCUUCUACGUGAACAACGGCAGGCAGAUCUUUGUGCUCAGCUUCGCCGGAUGCUCCUCCUGCCUGGGCCUCUUCCUGCUGCUCUUCUACAACCUUAGCCGGAACGAUGCCCGCCAGGCCUGGUCCCAGCACCGCGCCAGGCGAGCCAAGCCCACCAAGAUGGUCACCUACAAUAACGGGAGCCAGGCCAGAUCCGCGCAUCAUGGCAAUGGCCAAGGCCCUGGCCUCGGCCUCGGCCUCAGUGCCGGCGGCGCCCCGAUUGUUGCCUACAAGGCCAACCCGGGAGGGGGCAGCCUGUAUGACGCCAACAACUCGGCCGGAUCCCGCUCCAACAGCCAGUGCUCACGCAGCAUGCGUAGCCAGACACGGAGUCAGACGCGCAGUCAGCAGGAGCAGCUGCUGGGCGUGACCGGAGUGACCAUCAUUAACAACACCAACAGCCAGCAAGGCGUCGGGGCAGGAGUGUCGGGAGGAACAGGAGUGGGAAUGGUGGGCGCAGGUGGAGCCGCAGCUGCCCCACACAGCCUAAACGCGCUCCUCCACGGCUCCAGUCACGACCUCAUCCCCUCGGCGGAGAUCUUUUACAAUCCCAACCAAAUCAACGUGGCCCGGAAGUUCUUCAAGAAACAGAAGCGACUGGCGAAGCGCAACAACUUCGAGCUGCAGCGCCAGACCAUGCCUCAGAUGCAACUCCAGAGCCAUCAAAGCCUGAGCGACGCCAGCUCGGAGCAACUGUACAGUCGCCACCACAAUGCCAUGACCUUGCUGGCCGGGGGAACAAAGGUGAACAACACAAACCUGCACUACAAAUCGCCAGCACCGGGCCCCAGUGCCUCAGCGGCCGGGAUGCACCUGACCCGGGGGAAGGAGAGUGGUUGCGCCAGCGCUUCGGCACAGGUACAGGGGGAGGGGCUGCAGUUUAAGCGCUUCGUCCCCGCGUCCGCCUCCUCCGCCAAGAUGCAGAUUAUGCAGGCCAACAUCUACACCAACAUCCCGGAGACGCUGACGCCCCAGCACGAGGUGAUCAAGCUGAGGGCGAAUGGCCGCAACACCCGCACUCGAACGCCUUCGCUGCUUGACGAAACGCUGCACGAGCAGGACGACGACGACGAGGAGGAUGAGGUCGACGAGGAAGAGGCCGAAGGCGACGAUGCCAGCUCCUUGGAUGAGCAUGCUCCGCUCUAUGCCAACACUGUGCAGACGCCCAGCACAAUGAACAGCCUGUUCCGGCAGCGCGGCCACGUACAGGCUCAGUCCCAGUCCCAGUCCCAGUCCCAAUCGCAGUCCCAGUCCCAGUCCAUCCGCUCGACUCCGAUGACUCCGAUGAAACAGCCGAGCCUGGAGGCAAUGAACAGCCUGGGCCUGCCAGACACCGGUCAGGAAGAGCCACUGCUACAGAAGUAUGAGAUUUACGUGUCCAACUCGCUGCAAGUGACCACGAGCAAUAGCAUCCAGCUGGACGACGACUUCCCCAGCGUCCUCAUUCGCUUCAGCCAGCAGCAGCAGUCCAAGUCGCUCAACAACAUCAGCGAGAUGCUCAGAGCAAGUGGAGGGGGAGGAGGCGGAUCCGCAGGAGACCCCAGUGGGGCGGGAUCAUCGGGCAAUGCGCAGGAGGAGCCGAGUCAUUUUCCUAUAGAGAAUGGCUCCGGCUCUCUGCAGGAGCAGCAUCGACAAGUAUACUCCUGCUCCAGUAGCAAUCUCAGCCAACUAAAGGCGGCCUCGGCCGCGGCCGGGCAUCAGGGGGCAGAGGACGACAGCCGCCUGCUCUCGGCCAGCCCCACGAACGAGAGCGACCUGAACUACCAGAACUCGGAGAUUAGCAUCCGCAGCCAUGGCCUGUACGCCCCCCAGGCGGACAACGACCUCAACCUCACCCUGACGGACGACUUCCGCUGCUACCAGUCGUCUAAUGCCAGCGACGCCGAUGUCGAUGUGCUCAACGAGUUCGAUGAUGAGUUUGUGGCGGCCAGCGGAGACCGACCCGGUAGCGCAGAUCAGGAGCUCCACCACCUCGACCCCGACCAGGACACAUCCAUCGAUGAGCUGUACGAGGCCAUCAAGUGUCGUAGUCCCCUGCGCAACAGGCAGGACAAAGACUCGAACGAGAGAUUCGAUCGUGAGAGAGAGAGGUGCAGGGAGAGAAAGAGUCAGGUUCAGAUUCAGAAAGAGCGAGAGGUGGAAACGGAAGCGGAGCCAGAGCGAAUGCCAGCCACAUCUGCAGAGCCGAAUAGUGAGAUCCUAGCGAGCAGCAACAGCAAAUCGCACGAAAAUCUCAACGAAACAAUCGAAGAUGACAGUAGCCAGAGUAGCGUGAUUUCGUACAUCGAUCCCAGGGCCAGCAACGAACCCAGAGGCUAUCCUAGUUAGCUCGUGGGCUGGCACACAGCACCGCACCGUACCGUACCGUAGCCUCAGUUCAAGCCCCAACCCCCAACCUCCUUUGACCUACUUAGCUCAUAGUCAUAUAUGUAUAUACAGAAAAUAUACACCGCGCCCCGAACACAGUCCCCAUUCCGUCUCCCGCCGUGCUUGGCCGGAUGCUUCCAAGUGCCAAUGCCAAAGUAUUCUUUUCGUCAUUAUAACCUAAGUUUGAACCCAUGAUACUUUCACCGCAUCCGCAGACACACUGGCACUCUAUGUAUGGCUGCGCAUCAUCAGGCCCCCCAACUCCCAACCCCCAACCGACACAUCUGCAUUUGUGAUCGGCCGUGCCAGCCACAUGAACUUGUAAUUAUAGGAAAAGACCCCGCCAACCCACCAACCCAACCACUAUUUAUUAUAACUAUUGACUUUCGAUUGCCCACAUCUUUUUGUUUCACCUCACCAUGAGAUUAUUUCAUUAUUCAAAUAGAAUAUUUGCAUGUCAUGAAUCAUCGAAGCCUUCCCUUCCUCUCCCCACCCUUCCUCAUUCGAUAUGCUUAGACUUUAAGCCUUUGGUAAAACAGAAUUCAUUUAAACCUACACUAAAAUCAUAUUUACACAUAAAUAAAUUAAAUGUUCACACUCGAA